UUGAAAGUACACGAAUACUCAGUUCCAGCGAUGAAGUCAAAUGUAAAAGAAAAAACAUUUUUUUAAUUCCGGUGGUAAACAGAAAUGAUGUUGAUAAAUAGUGUAAAAAUGGUUAAGACAACAAUUAUCGUUUUACUAUUUUAUAAAAGGUGUUAUGCACACAUAGACGGUGAGAAGCUCGAGGAGGAAUGUAAGAUAGCGGAUAUCUGUCGGCACGACCAGGUGGCGGUGUGCGGGAUCGAUUCCUGCGGCGAAAUGAGGACCUUUAUCGACACGUGUGAUAUGCACGAAUUCAACUGCGACAGUAAAAAAGAUUUCGUUCAAAAACCAAGCCACGAAUGUUGGGUGACGUGCAAACGGGGAAGGAGUUUCAAAAAACCCACAUACAACGAGCACUGUGACAUCGAUAACUUCAUAAAAACGUAACAAAUAUCAACAUAGAGUUUUAUUAACAAUAAAUAUGAAACAAUAA